GAAGUUUUGGCCGGUUCUCUGACAAUAGAAAUGCAUGUUCGUUGUUAUAGAAGUGGCCUGGGGGUGGAAUAUAUAGGUAGAUAGAUGCGCAUUAAAGAAAAGAUCAUCCAUCAAAAAGCAUGACGGACAUAGUGGUGUCGCAGGGGAAUAGGACGGAGGAGACGAUAGUAUGUUACGCGCCGACGAUGAUCACGACGCAUGGUAUAUGGCAGGGCGACAACCCUUUGGAUUAUUCCCUCCCUCUCUUCAUCCUUCAGUUGACUUUGGUUGUUGUCACCACCCGCCUUCUGGUUUUCAUCUUGAAACCCUUUCGCCAGCCUCGCGUCAUUGCUGAAAUUCUCGGCGGUAUCAUAUUAGGUCCAUCUGUGCUAGGAAGAAGCCAGACAUUUGCCUUGACAGUUUUCCCCCUAAGAAGUGUCAUGGUUCUUGAGACGAUGGCCAACUUGGGGCUUCUCUACUUCCUCUUCCUCGUGGGGUUAGAGAUGGACCUCAGCGUGAUUCGCCGCACCGGGAAAAAGGCCCUGGCCAUUGCCAUAUCGGGCAUGGUCCUCCCCUUCCUCAUCGGCGUCUCCUUCUCCUUCACAUUGCACCGCGGCUCCCAAGUCAUGAAACAAGGAACAUUCAUCCUCUUCCUCGGCGUUGCCCUCUCCAUCACCGCCUUCCCUGUCCUUGCUCGCAUACUCGCAGAGCUCAAGCUGCUCAACACGGAGAUUGGGAAGAUCGCCAUGUCCGCGGCGCUCAUCAAUGAUGUGUGCGCAUGGAUAUUGUUGGCUUUCACCAUCGCCUUAGCCGAAAACGAGACCAUGACGCUGGCUUCCAUUUGGGUUCUACUCUCGAGCGUGGCCUUUGUGUGCGUGUGUGUAUACGUAGUGAGGCCAUUCAUAGAGUGGGUGGUGAGGCAAACACCUGAAGGGGAGCCAAUCAGCGAUUUCUACAUAUGCCUCAUCCUUACGGGGGUGAUGAUAUCCGGGUUCAUCACGGAUGCUAUUGGGACACACUCUGUGUUUGGCGCGUUUGUGUUCGGACUGGUGAUUCCAAACGGAUCGCUUGGCGUAACCCUGAUUGAGCGGUUGGAGGAUUUCGUGUCGGGGCUUCUUCUGCCGCUCUUCUUCGCGAGCAGCGGGUUGAAGACGGAGAUAGGGGCCAUAAAAGGAGUGGGGACGUGGUCCAUUUUGGGAGUGGUGAUUGUGCUUGCUUGUGUGGGGAAAGUGGCUGGGACGCUUCUGGUGGCACUCUACUACAAAAUGGCAUUCAAUGAAGGCCUCACGCUCGGGCUGCUCAUGAAUGCCAAGGGCCUGAUUGAGAUGAUCGUGCUGAACGUGGGCAAGGACCAAAAGGUGUUGGACACGGAGUCCUUCGCAAUCAUGAUAGUGGUGGCAGUGCUGAUGACAGCCAUAAUCAGUCCGGUGGUGACAACGAUCUACAAGCCCGCGAGAAAGUUCGUGCCGUACAAAAGAAGAAGUGUGGAGAAGACAAAGGCGGACAGCGAAUUCAGGGUGUUGGUUUGCAUCCACACCCCGAGGAACGUCCCAACCAUCAUCAACCUUUUGGAGGCCUCCCACCCCACCAAGAAGUCCCCAAUAUGCGUCUACGUGUGCCACCUGGUGGAACUCACGGGGCGGGCCUCCGCCAUGCUCAUCGUGCACAACACUCGCAAAUCGGGGCGGCCCGCCCUGAACCGCACCCAAGCUCAGUCCGACCACAUCAUCAACGCCUUCGAGAACUUCGAGCAGCACGCGGGUUGCGUGUCGGUGCAGCCCCUCACUGUCAUCUCCCCCUACUCCACCAUGCACGAAGACAUCUGUGGGUUCGCCGAGGACAAACGGGUUGCCAUUGUGAUCAUCCCCUUCCACAAGCAACAAACCGUGGAUGGAGGCAUGGAGUCCACAAAUCCUGCCUUCCGUACCAUCAACCAGAACGUCCUCGCCAAUGCUCCUUGCUCCGUCGGAAUCCUCGUCGACCGCGGCUUUAGCGGCUCCACCAGGUUAGCCUCUCCCCUGCAGGCUUCACACCAUAUCGCCGUUUUAUUCUUCGGGGGCCCGGAUGAUCGUGAGGCAUUGGCUUACGGGAUGAGAAUGAGUGAGCACCCGGGGAUUAGUCUCACUGUGAUGCGGUUUCUUCCCGCCACAUCAGGAGAGAGUGGGGCAGUGGAUAUUAACUCCUCCUCCGCCGCGGUGCUAACUGUGGUCACAGAUCCUGCCGAUAAGGAGAAGCAAGUGGACGAGGAGUGUGUAAAGCAGUUCCGGAUGAGGACGGCGAAUGACGAGACGGUUGCGUACACGGAGGUGGUGGUGAACCAUGGGGAGGAAACGGUGGCCGCCAUUCGGUCCAUUGACAACAAUGUGCAUGAUUUGUUCAUAGUGGGAAGAGGGCAGGGUAGCGUGUCUCCAUUGACUGCGGGCUUAACCGACUGGAGUGAGUGCCCGGAGCUGGGCGCCAUCGGGGAUUUACUUGCGUCCUCGGACUUCGCGUCCACUGUGUCCGUUCUGGUGGUGCAGCAGUAUGUGGGGAUGGGAUUCCAAGGUGACCCGUUAGCGACGCCGCCAGAUAGCCCGACGCAACAACAUCAACAUUUUAACUUCGCUAAUAGACGGACUCCACCCGCCGGAGCGCACCCCACCGUGUUCCACUCGCAGCCCUAGAUAGAUAGAUACAUAGAUAGAUCAUGCCAUCCACCAUUAGUCGUACAUUACAUAUCUAUCUUUUUUAGUUUUCAUUUUAUCAAUUUUCCAUAUGUAUGUAUAUAUACUACUUCGUAUUUCAGUUUUGUUUAUUAUUAAAGGAAAAAGGGUCAAAUAAGGACAUAUACUAUACUGAAACUAUCCCAUAAAGUUAUAUACUAAAAAAGUGUUCAAAAAAUACCUUUACUUUUAACAAAGAAUGACAUGAGUUCUAACAACCUCCUAGUAACCUGUUGAUCCUGGUUACUGCUGGUGUGGCUCCAUUUGUUGCCACACCUGUCUUUCUUUACCACGUCAACCAGGUCAUAUGUACGUUGUUCAUCUCCAUCGUAGAAUCAUACUUAUCUUUAAUAAACAACUUCACUACCUUAUUCUUGCUAACUACGUACUUUGUUCAUCUCCAUCGCAGAGCUCUUAGAACUAGGGUUCAUCGGUUAGCUAAAAUUAUUCAUCCGCAGAUGUCUUUGGCCUCAUUCACCUCAAGUUCGAAGUUCCUCCUAAUCUGCACUACGAACGAGGUGUUUUUUGUAAUUCUCAAUUAAAGGCUCCUUUCUGUGUGACAAGGGAUGGAAGGAUGGACUGGGAUGCAAAUUCUUUGCUUGGAAAGAAGAAAGUGGAAUAAAAACAAAAGCUUCACAAAUGAGCUUGAAGGAGCUUUCAAAUCUGGCUUUUGAAUUACGAGAUGAAAUGAUAUGUGCUCGCCGUGAAAAUAUUGAGUUAAAAGUUUCUUUGCAAUCUGAAAUUGAAGAAAGGAGGAACCAUAUAUCUUUGACUACUAUUGUAAUGGUGUUUGUUAUGGUAGUCAUUACUAUGAUAACCUGUAUCGUACAAACAAGGCACUAAACUAUGGUGUAUUGUACUUCUAAUUGUAGGAUACUUAGCGCUGUGUACCAGAGGAUGAAGUAAAUUGCGGAUUUAUAUUAAUUUAG